AUGAUUAUACCGAAGAAUUUAUAUAAGCGGUUGUUGAUAACUUCGGAAGAUUGUUCCAUUGAUAAAAUGAAACAACCAAUUUCUCCUAGUGUCCUUCUAACUGGUUUUGAAAGAUGGUCAGGUAAAAGGAAGAAAUUAUAUUUCCGGAGCAAUAAUGAGAUAACGAGUAAGGUAAGCAAUUUUAAUCUGAGGGAAAAUAUUUUUGCUAACAUCCUUUCUUCCCCGAUGAGGUUAGAUAAAGUAUCUCGAGUUAAGCUGCCGAAAGAGUUAUUAAUACAAUUAAAUAUCACAAAACAUCACACCAUUUCGACAAAGAAACCUCUCAAACUUUCUGCUGCUGUUCAAAAUGUUGGAGAGGGCAAAAGUUCCUAUGUUCUGAAUAAUUAUAAAGAAUUAAGUAAACUUUUCAAAAGCGCUGCAUCAUGGUUACCAAUUCCAUCAUCAUCUUCCAGUAACAACUAUUUUAAUAUAUCCGAUGUCCAUAUAGAUCAAAAUCUGUUGACAGAGUACAAGGAGCUCUUACUGAAAACUGUGAGUGACGGAUUAUUGGGUUGUGUGAACACAUCUAAUGGUAGCGAUAAUUUACAAAAUCUUGGACUGAAAGAGCACGUAGAAAGAGCCCAGGCAAGUAAACUGUCGAGACCGGAAAAGAACGAAUUUGAGACGGGAAUCAAAACUUUGGCAAAACAAGAAAAUCAGACUUCUCAAUGCCAAACUGAAAUUCUUAUAACGUAUGAAGAAGGAAAUAAAGAUGCCAUAUACUUAAAAAAGCAAACAGACGAAACUAAAAACGGAAUGCUAACUGUUUUCAACCUGGGUAGUACCGGCACUCCAGAGCUGAAAAAGAUAGCAACAAAUCUCCGUUUAGAUAAAGCUCCUAUUGUAUUAAACCGUAUGUACAACAAAGAUCUUAUUAAGAACAUUUUCAAAAUGUUGUCCUUCUUUCUCAACUAA